GCCUCGUCGCUCCUUCCAAACUCUGAGGAUGGACUGCAACCUGCGGCUGGCCGUUUCUUGCUGGAUCAUGGUCUUUUCUUGGGUUUCCCCUCUUACAGAGAGUCGCCAGACGAACAGCCGAGGUUCUACAGAAAGGCACUUCCAACCUCCAGUCGGGACGCACGGCGGUCUGCAGCCUCGGCUCUACUCGGUGAAGCAGCAGCCGGCCCCGGAGGUACCCGAACAGCACCGCCCCGUCACGGUCAUAUGCCACCCGGAUUCCAUGGAGGUUGUGGUGAAGGCCGACAUGUUUGAAACGGGCCUGAAUGUGGACGGUGGACAUCUGCGACUGGGUUCCAACACUCUGGGCGCGGGCGGUGAGUGCGGGGCGGUCCAGAAAGGAGAGGACGAAUUCACCAUCUGGGCCCUGUUGUCCGACUGCGGAACCAAACUCUCAUCAACAGAAGAGAAGAUCAUUUAUUCCAACGUUCUGAUCUACUCACCCGAACCUUCUGCUGAUGGGUUGUUAAGAUUGGAAGCUGCAACUAUUCCAGUUGAAUGUCAUUAUGACAGGAGAUACUCUGUUGAUGGCAUUUCCCUUGAAUCAACUUGGGUUCCCUCUGUCUCCACAACUUCUGUGAACGACCAGAUAGAUUUCAAUCUGAAACUCAUGACUGGUGACUGGCAGUCUGAGAGGGAGUCUUACACAUAUUUCCUGGCUGAUCCCAUUAAUUUUGAAGUCUCUGCCAUAGUGGAAAAUCACGUCCCUCUGCGGGUGUAUGUGGACCACUGUGUUGCUACGGCAACUCCUGAUGCAGAGGCUAAUUUAAGAUAUGAAUUUAUUGAACAUAAGGGCUGCCUCGUUGAUGCUUACCUUACAAACUCCGGCGCACGUUUCCUACCAAGAACUGAGGAACAUAAACUGAGGUUUCAGCUGGAAGCCUUCAGGUUCUAUCAAGAACCCAGCAACCAGAUCUACAUUACUUGUGCUGUGAAGGCUGUUCCUGCUGUACAGGCCGUCAGUUCUCAGAACCGAGCCUGCUCCUUUAUUGAGAACAGAUGGCAAUCCAUAGACGGUGGUGAUCAGGUGUGCAGAAGCUGUGACGUGUUCAGGCGGGGUCAGGAACCGCAAGCUGUGCCAUCUCCUAAAAUGCCAGUGAACGCCAAAGACCAAAUCGGUCUUUCACAGAAAAAUAUAGUCCACAAUAAAGCCGAGCAUCAACCGGCUUCUUACGUCCAUUUUUGGCCGGGAGCAUAUCAGAGCCAUCACUCCAAACCUCAGCAGUCCAACAGAUUUAUGAAGAGGGAUGCUGACAACAAAUUUCAUCAAGCUGUCCAACUGGGGCCCCUCGUUGUGCUACCGUCAAGAAAAGUAGUUUCAGUGGCAACAAAUUUUUCUACAUGGUCAGAAAAGAACAACACCUCCUGAGACCUGGAACACCUGAUGGAGGAGUCUGAGUUCGUUUGAGAGAUUUGGUCUUGUUGGGCUAAAGAAUUUUGCUGCAAUCCAAUAAAUUAAGUUUCUAAUGU